AAAAAUCACUAAUGAAGAUUCACAUCAACCCAGUGAAGAAGUUCCUGAAACUCCCUCAGAAAUACCUGUGACCACCAACGAAGAUCCUAAAGCCACCGAAUCUUUCAACGAUAAUAAUGAAGCAUGUGAUCGUUCGGAACCACCGGACGAUGCCGACGUGCUCUCUAGUACGUCACGGGAAGAAGAGAGUGAAGACAAACUUGCCUCAAAGCAAUCAUGCGAGCCAGAAUAA